UAGAUCUCUCCACUAAACCCAGGGUUAAUGUCUCUCAUAUUUCCACUCUCAUUGUUCUUCAAUUUUAGCUUCGAGUAAUUCAAUAAGAGGAAAUGUCGUCAAACUCGCCGUGCGCCGCGUGCAAAUGCCUCCGGCGGAAGUGCACGCAGGAGUGCGUGUUCGCGCCGUAUUUCCCGCCGGACAAUCCGCAGAAGUUCACCAACGUGCACAAGGUGUUCGGCGCCAGCAACGUCUCGAAGCUCCUCAACGAAUUGAGCGCCGCCCAGCGCGAGGACGCCGUCAAUUCGCUGGCGUACGAGGCUGAGCACCGCCUCCGCGACCCAAUCUACGGCUGCGUCGGUUUCAUCUCCGUCCUCCAGCAGAGGCUCAGUCAGGUUCAUGCCAAUUUGGAGAAUGCGAAGAAGGAAUUGGCGUCCUACAUCGGCCCGUCCGGGAUGGCUCCAAUGCUGAACCAUCGCGGAUUUGUCCAGCAGCACGGGCCGCAGCAGGCCUAUCAGCUUAUCCCCCAAAAUGUUCAGCCGAUGAUGGGGAUGCAGCUCGUGCUCCGUGAUCAACAGCAUCAGCAACAACAGCUCUUAAUCUGCGAGCAAGAUCAACAUCAACAUCAUCAUCAACAACAGCAACAACAACUCAUGAUGCGCGAGCAGGCGCCACCACAGCAGCAUCUAGUGGCGCAGCAGCAGUAUCUGGAGGCGCAGCAGAUGGCUCGGGAGCAAGAAAUGAUGCAGCAGCAGCAGCAGCAACAUCAUAACCGGAGCAAUGAUUUGAUGAGGUUUAACAGCGAGGGAGGUGGAGGAGGAGGGGCAGUGACUGCCACGGGAUUGAACCAUAUUAGCAGCGGAGGAAGUGGAGGCGGUGGUGUAGCAAUGCAGCAGCAGCCGUCGUUGACGCUGGGGAGCUCUUACGAAGCAAGUCAUCAGCAAUUUCAACAUCAAGAGCAGCACGAGCAUGAGUACGAGCAUGGCCAGCUGCAUCCGCUUCAUCAACUGCAGCUCCAGCAGCUGCAGGAGUACAUCGAGGCUCAGCAGGACAACGAGCGCCGGAUGCAGAAGGGAAAGGGGAAGGCUGACCCUUGCAUUGGCCCUUCCUGUUAAUCUUCUAAUUGCCAAGUAUACAUAUUCACAUGCCCUCGCACCCUUAUUCCAGAAAAUUGGAUAGAGUAAUUAGCUAGCGAAAGGGGAGAGAGAUACAUAGAUGAGAAGUAGAGCUAUAGACAAAUCAUGGAGGCAUUCGCAUGUACGUAAGUCACCAGUAUUUUUUCUAUUAAAUUUGAUGGAAAUUUAACAGUUUCUAGUUGAGGAGUUGAUACAUUAGAAAAGUAGAAGUAGGAUUUAAUGCUAGUGUUGAAUACAUUUUCAAAGAGUUACUUGUUUUUGCCGGAA